UAUGUCCUUUGUUCUCUGCUAUAUUCCAGUCAUCUUCUUGUCUUUCAUGGGAGUUUGAUUAGCUACGUUCGCUACACGCAGUUUGUUCAUCUGAGCCGAAAAGUUCCUGGAAACGACCAUACAUUCGACUAUAGAAUCUCACAAUCUACUACUACAGGGAAGGAGAAGAGACUUUUUCCUGUGUCUGUCUCUGUGUGUGUGUUUUGGAUAGGUUUAGUCCGGGUUGAAUCGUUGGAGUGGUUCUGUACGAGCAACUCCGUCUCAUCUCAUCGCAUCGACCUCGUUCACGACAACAAAAAAGACUCCUUCAUCAUGUCUCUGCCGUCGGCAAGCAUCCCCGAGAAACCGGCCCCGGCCCAGUUCAGCAACAUGCCCUCCUCACAGACAGCCCAGCCGGCUGUCAGACAGUCGCAGUUCCAGCCGAUUGAACUGCCCCCGGUCGAGAAGUUCAAGCCCAGCAGACCAUUUAGCUUGGGGAAACUCGUCCUGGGCGGCUUCAACCUCGUCUUCGCCGUCAUUACCUUGGGUCUGUCAGUCGGUGUUAUAACGCAGUUCUAUUACUUCGACGCGUGGCUCGGGGCCAUCAUCAUGGCUGCUGCUGUCGCUGAGGACAUCACCCUCAUGGCCCGCCGCUCCAUCUACCGGCCCAUCCACCCAGGUGCCCACGUCGGCGUGCACCUGAUCCUCUGGAUCCUCGCCCUCCUGGCCACCGUGUCCCUCGCCUUCAGCCUGUCCUACACCCUUGCUGACUGGUCCGUCGACGCCAAUUGCAGCGACAGCAAUUUCGACUACUACAACGGCGAAAGCUACGUCUACUGCGGCUUCGACACCUUCACCUCGCUCGGCCAGGCCAACCGAUACUUCCACCUACUCGAGUCUCUUGUCGCCUUCUCGGUGCUCCUGACUGUCGCCCACUUUGUCUUGUUCGUGCUCGCCUGCAUUGAGACGGACCGCAGGCGCAAGUACGGCAAGCUCACCAAGGUCGUCUACCUCGUCGCCUCCGACGGCCCCGCCGACGGGCGCACGUACUACACGCAGGUCGCCUCGCCGCAGGCUGCUGCUGCUGUUCGCCGCCAGUCCCAGAUCGCGCAUCCUGCGCCCGCUCAGGUCAGGGGCCCUACCGGUGGUGAGACGGCGGCUGCGGCUGCUCCCGGCUCGGAGGCUUAUGGAUACUACUCGCCUGCGCCCGCUGGGGCGCCUCAUGCUGGUGGUUCGGCUGCAGGCUCUUUGUCGCUCAAGACGGGGGGGCCGAGCUACGCAUAAACGUGAAAUCACCUCGAGCCUACUUGGUGAGGUAGAAGGAAGGAGGACGAGGGAGGGAAGUGAGAUGCGUGUGUGCCCCGUGGUAGCGAGAGAAGAUUGGUCAAGAAGCGUCUUUGUGUGUUUGAAACCUCAUUGCAUUUACACCUAGCGAGGGCGAACUCUCUUUUGACUCGACUAUAUAUAAUAUCAUAAUCUAAACUGAUACCCCAGA